AUGGCAAUUAAACUUUAUUACUUUAGUCUGAUCAUUUCUAUUGCUUCUGCAGUUGCAGCAUAUUCGGUUACAUACAGCAUUGUUGGUCUUCCGAGUUCCAAUGACUCUGAAUUUGGUGUUCUUGUUGAUGAAUCAGUUUUUACUCUUUCUCCCUCAGCAGAAUCUAGCAUUAUUUUUCAAGUAGAUGCUCCCAUAGCUAAAAGUACUUAUCAUUUUGUUGAACUUAAAAAGGGUACCAACGAAAUUUUACACGAAGAAGCAUUUGAACGUCAUUCAAUCCAAUCGCAAAUAAAUCAUGUAUAUGGGAGAAACUGGGUUACCAAAUCCGUGAAAACGUUUGAAAGAGUUUAUGAUGAAGUCGGAUCUCGUCACAAAACCAGUCUUCAUCCAACUGAUGAGAUUCCGUCUCUUCAUAUUCAAGCUAGCCAGGAUGAAAUCGAUCGCAUACAUGAGCAUUAUAACCAAAAAAUCAGUAUAAAUGCUGAUUUGACAUUUAUUGGCGCCAAUGAUAUCCAAAAGUUUAGCAAUGUCCAAUUUAAUAUUGCAGGAAAGAUGUCUCGUUUUGAACCAAAGCCCUCUUAUAACAUUCAAUUAGCUAAAGGCGAGCAUUUGGGAGGUUACAAAUCUUUGAAACUUCGAGCUGCUGCCACUGAUCCUACUUUCUUGCGUGAUAAAAUGAGCUUUGACAUGAUGGUAGCUGCUGGUUUACCCGCUUCGCGUAUUUCUUAUAAACGUGUUUAUUUAAACAAUGUUGCUCUUGGUUUGUACAUAUUUGCCGAGAAAUAUGACAAGGCCUGGUUCGAUCAAAAUGCAAACCCCGGUUUACCAUCAGAAUACAAAAAUGGUGUCUUGUAUGAGGGAACUGGCAGCACAAAAGUCAAGGGUGAUAUUUCGGAUUUGAGAUAUAUUAGUGACGAUCCUAGUGUUUAUGCCGAACAUGGCUAUAAGGUUGCAAUGGAAGACAAGACUGAGAAAAAGGGGUUUACGGUACUCGCCGAUUUCAUUAAAUUUAUUGAUGUUCAAUUGAAAAAACCUAUCAGCAACAGUACUGAAAACGAAAAGGAAAUUAUGGAUGAAUGGACUAAAUAUCUUGGUGCUGAAGUUUUUCUCCGCAACAUGGUGUUUGAGUUUCUCAUUACUGGUUGGAACAACUACUUGUCCUACGGAAAUAAUUACUAUCUUUACAAAUGCCCUAUUAUGCAUUACUUUGUGUAUAUUGGGUGGGAUAUGGAAUUGACCUUUGGUAAUAGUCCUUUCCCUAAAUCUGUCCAACUUGAGGGAGACUACCGUCACGUAGAAGGUAUUCAAAACCGACCCUUAACAAAAGCACUAUUCCGGGUACCAUACUAUCGCAAUUAUUUCGAAUCAGCUUUACAAAAAAUUGUUACCUCCAUCUUCGAACCACGUAAAAGUUUUCCUGUCCUUGACUCGCUUGUUGAAUUCUUGAAAGAUGACGUGAAAUGGGAUCAAGAAUUACCCAGAAUUAAUGCUGGCAAAGACUUCAGGAAUCCCCCUCAAUCGGAUCCAUACGGAGGCAAAGUUAUUGAGAAUUUACCUAAAGACUCGCCAAAAAACACAGACAAUGCGCUAAAGGCAGAACAUCUCAGAAUUAGUCACGAGAUAAUCGAUUACCAAAAAAGCAUCGAUGGUCCUACUGGCUUUGACUCUCUCAUGGGAAUCAAAGAGUUUAUUCAAAAUAAAUAUAAUAACGUGAAUGCCCAUAUAAUGAAGGUCAAAAUUAUAUCCUGGACCAUGGCAGCAGAGUGGUCUUGGGAUGUAAAAAGCAAUGACGAUGUUUGUGGUAUUUGUCAUUCAGAAUACGAUGCCUGCUGCCCUAAUUGUAAAAUACCUGGCGAUGACUGUCCCUUGAUCUGGGGAAAAUGCCGACAUGUAUUCCACUUACACUGUAUUAUGACAUGGUUUCAAAGUUCAACUCAUGGAGAAACUUGUCCGAUGGAUCGUACAGAUUGGGAAACAGCUGCCGCACCUACUUAAAUUUUUAGACAAAACAAAAUUGCACAAUAGCCAUUAUACAUAUCCUACACAAUAAAAACAAAAACAAAAAAAAAAGGACGAC